UGAAAUAACGGAAAAGUGGGGUAAAUGCCAAGCAGCGCAUGAUAUGGCCCGUUAUAAUAUUGACUGCGUGUCGCCCGCUAAAAUUUUUUGGCAAGAGCUGUUAACGCGCAGUAAGUAUUGCGAAGAUUCGCGAGCCAUGUAAAGAUUUUCGUCUUAUUUCGGCUCAUAGUCUAACGCAAACAUAGAUCAGCUUGAAAGGUUAAUACAACCAUAUAUGGAAAACUUGAGUCUUCGCCUCCGACGGUGUGGCAUGUGAAAGCUACGCAGCGUUUAAGAGGCAAAAUUCUUAGCGUUAUAAUCCCCUGUUAUAAACGAGGGCAACAACGGCUAAUCCGGCAUCUUGCCCAGUUUCUCGAGCAAAUUAUACGACAUUAUGCAAAGUACGUCACAGUACGCGCAGUCUUGCGUUAAUCGAAAUCCCGCGAGAGAUACAGAAGCAAAAGUCGAAAAUCGAAAGAAAAAGUAAAGAAGGUAUAAGAUCGAUCGGUCUUUCGAAUCAGAGAGGGAAGUAUACGUACGCAUGCACUGCGCGCGCCUGCGGUUGAUUCUCGCGCGGAGAGUGAAAGUAACAAUUAGCCAUCGGGAGAAUCCAGUCCAGUAGUGUGUAUGCGGCAAAGAUUUGAUGGUGGGAUCCGCGCGCUUGAGAGAGAGAGAGAGAGAGAGAGAGAGAGAGAGAGAGAGAGAGAGAGAGAGAGAGAGAGAGAUAUCUCAUGGAGGCAGGGGUCUUGAGAAGCAAGGAAACUUACGGCUGGUCGCAGUGUCCCUCCGCUUCUUUUCAAAGAACGAACUCCAGUGUGCGUUGUUCUUGCCAGUGAUAUAUAAGGUGACUCGACGAAGUCCUAGACGAGAGCAAUAACUCUGCGAGCGAGAAAAAAGUGGUCACGCAGAGAUGUCUAUCGUUUCGAUUCUGAUGGUGCUGGGUCUGUCGGCGAUCGCCAAUGGAUUUCCGGACGGAGCACCGGUCGACGCCUGCGUCAAGCCCCGUCCGAAUCAGCCAUACCACGGACAGGCCAGGCCGCAGCCACUCUCUACCAGUCCUUACCAGCUGAUCGCCUCGAGCGAUCGCUAUCAGCCUGGAUCGCAAAUUACGGUGAGGAUCCAAGGCGGCGACUUCAAGGGCUUCUUCGUGCAGGCUCGCGACGCUCAGACGAAUCAGUGGAUCGGCUCGUGGGCCCAGACGCCCAACACGAACGUCCACUCGGAGUGCAGCGCCGUCACGCACGCCGACCCCCGCGACAAGCAGCAGGCCACCCUCGUCUGGAAGGCGCCCCUCAAUGCUCGUCCCGGCACCGUUUACUUCACGGGAACUGUACUGAAGGACUACUCGACGUUCUGGUCCGACAUGAUCUCGCAGAUCGGACAAUAAACAACGGACUACAUAGUUAGUUUGUAAGAGUAGUGACUAAUAGUGAGCAAACCACACACCACACACAUGCUAUUUUUUAUGAAGACUAUUAUAUUUUUUAAAUAAUUGAAAGAAAAAGAAUAAAGAUUAUACGUUGUUACCCAUUA